AGCUGGAGUGAGGAGCGUUCACGUCUGAGGUGAGCGGUGUCUGAAGUGGAUCUGCUGGAGCGUCACAGUCUGCCUCCUCAGGAUGACAGGUGUAGUGCGCACAUUAAAAAAACAAAAAGCCCCCUCCUCCUCCUCCUAAAACUGCAGUAACUGUUUCACACCCAGAACAGACAGCUUUUAUAUAAUAUACUUAUAUAACAACAGAAUAUGCAUAUAAUGGAGUAUGGUGGUCUGAAGACUAAUAAAGUACUGAGAUACUGAGUAUUUAGUUAAAUGAAGCAGGGGUGUGUCUAGAUUUUUCAAAUGGGGGGCCCAGCUCAGUCUUUGAUUUGUGCAGGGGUGGCACGAAUUAGUGCAUAAAUAAGAUAUAUGUAUUUACCCUUUUUUAUAUCCUCUUAAUAUAGUUAAAAUGCACCUAAGUGUUGUGAGGACAUCAAAAUCUUAAAUAUUAAAGAUUUUAUAACUUUACGUUCACAUCAUUUGAAUCAACAAAGCAGAAAUUUUUAUGGAUUCUGAAAAAAACUGUAUGUCGAGAUCACAGUUUUAAGUAGGUAUUGGCCAAAAUAGUAAUAAUGAUAAUAAUAAUUAUUAUAAAUAAUAAUAAAAUAAUAACAAUAAUAAUAAGGUUACUAUUAUUAUUAUUAUAAUUAUUAUUUUUAUUGUAACAACAACAACAACAACAAUUAUUAUGAUAAUAAAGUCUAGUGUCUAGAGAGGAGAGUGAAAGAGGAAACAAACGGCAUACUCCUGUGUCCACAUGGCUCAGAGGAUAAGAACAGUGACUGCGACUCCUGAAGUUGUGGGUUCAAGCCUUACCUUGCACAGGUCAAGGUAAAUUUUAAAGUCUUGCACAUUAAAAUAGGGGGGAAAAAUACAGAAUUCUCCUCUGUGUCCACAUGGCUUAGGGGAUAAGGAGACUACCUGGGACUCCUGAGGUCAUAGGUCCGAACCUUAUACAGGACCAGUUUUAAAGUCAAGGAGCCGAAGUACCAAGAUAUUUAAUAUUUAAGUUAUAUUCGUAUAUCUAAAUAAAUAAAAAUCUUCAUUUGUUUUUCAUUCCUAGGAGAUGGUCAUUUUAUUGCCUGCCACUCCCACCUGUGGAGUUAUGGACUUGUGCUGCCUUCAUGGUCUGGUCCAUGUAGGAAUUUUCUAAAUCACUGACCAUUUUCAGAAGUUUGGCCUGCAUUUAUAAAGAAAAGGUGACUCGUCGCUGUUUUAAAUGUAGGUUUACAAAUGACCUACAAUGACUUUUAUGCCUGUAGGAGUGUCUUAUAAUAUAUUCAAAGUAGCUUGACUCACUUUUUAAAACUUUCCCUACUAGAGCUUUAAAGUUACAAGCUGGCUGUGAAUCGCCUCGGCCUUUUGACACACACCAGCUGCAGCUUACCCGUGGAUAUCUGCAAACAUGUUUUCGUGUUUCAGAAACCUCCGUGUGACUCGCUCCGUCAUUUCUUCGUCUUAUGGUGGGACUAAGGCGGACUGCUUCCCCCUGCGGACACCACAACCUUCGGCUCUGUGUCGAACCCCGCACCGAACAUGCUCAGGCAGCCGCUUCAAUGUGCCUCCGAGCGCCGAGUUUGUUGCGAGGGUGUCGGGGAUCCCCACCAUGGCCAAGUUACCCUACCAGGAGACGGCAGACGGGCUUGAUGCGGCGUUCAUCGGCGUCCCUAUAGACACCGGGACCUCCAACAGACCUGGAGCGAGGUGCUUAUUUCUGUGGGACUGCUGACUUGUUCUGUCUGACCCAGUUUGCUGCAGGAAUCAAUGCCUAAUUAUUUAUUUGCACAUUGGUACAACAAAACCUCAGUUAUUACAGCAGCUGAACAGCUGAAGGUUUAAGGGUUAUUUAAAUCGGCAAAUAUCUAACCAGGGACACAUAGUCUACUCGGUUUUGCAUUUGAUUAUAAUCCACAUAAACUUUUAAAAGGCAAAAAUAUAGAGAUAAUUAAUUAACUUGUUGUAAGUAACUUGUUGUUGUUUUUUCCAACAGCAAUAUAUAGCAGGUAAAUCAUUAACUAUUCCCUGAAUUGGAUUUACCUCUAAUAUUGACAGUAAGGCCACAGUACAGAAGUUCCUAAACUGUUAUUCUCUCCAAUGACCAGCAGGAGGCGAUUUUACAUGUUGCAUUUGAAUCCACCAGGUAAAUGACCAGACUUUGCACCUGGUUUAUUACUUUAGAAACCGUAAACUAUGUGGGUAACCCAGCUGCAGAUGGGAUAGAAAUUAGUUCUCUUCACAUUUUUAAGGAUGGGUUUUCUUUGACAGGUGUGCAUGUGGCUUUAACCCCCCAAUUCCCAACGCAUCCAGAACGGCUACGAAAAGGCCGUACCCUCCGAUCAUAGCUAAUCGUAACCACCUUAACAGCUGUGAACACGGUGCUAUGGUGUUUGUAAGAGUAAAAUACGUGUUAUACGUUGUUUACAACUGGUAUCGCUAACAACAACAACAACUAACAACUGCUGCCUACGGCUAACAACAGCUGACAAUUGUGAUCAACAGCUAAAACGCCCAUCUUGGUUCUCUAACUUGUUAACUGUAAGGUGUGACGUCAUUCCCAGCUCUGACACCUGACUUCCGAGGUAACUGGAACGUAGCAUUAUUACCAGAAGUCCCACCCUCUCUUGAUUUUGAUUGGUUUGUGCAGGUAACUAAAAAAAAAAAAAAAAACUAACACUAACCCCCAAUUUCUACCGCAUACGGAACGGCUACGAAAAGGCUGUAUCCACCAAUUGUAGCUGAUCGUAACCAUUCAAGUUAAUGUGUCAAUUUCCACCGGCUUCUCUCCGUUUCGCUGCGGAUCGCCGGACUCCGCAGCUGAUCGCAGGAGUUCUAUUUUUUUCCAGGGGGUUACUCUUGAAGUUGGCCUUUAGUGGACACUUGAGGAACUGCAGUUUGUAGCUCUUCAUUUCACUAGACUGGAGGUUGCUGCUUGGACUCAGUUUGACUUUUAGCGGAGCUAGCCAGAGGCAAAGAAGCGCAGUUGUCUUACAUCUGUGUUUUGCCAGCCUGUCAAAAAAAAACCCAUUUUCUUAUACCUGGCUGUGCUUGUUUAUUUCUGACUUGUUUACAGUUUUUAACCCUUCUUGGCUUUAGUUUUAGUGUAUUGAAAUUUCCUUUCUCUUCUUCAGGUUCGGUCCCCGUCAGAUCAGAGUGGAAUCGGCCAUGCUCAGAGCGUACAACAGCGGCACCAGAGCUGCACCGUACGAGUCCCUCAUGGUGGCCGAUAUCGGGGACAUCAAUGUGAACCUUUACGAUCUGAAGGACACGUGCAAACGCAUCAGGGAGGCCUACAGACAGAUCCUGGCUACUGGAUGUAUUCCUCUGACCAUGGGUAAAAACCUCAGAGUUGAUCUCUUUUAAGUUGUGUUUGUUUGAUUAAAGAUCAGACUCUUCAAAGUUUUUAAUAUCUGCAGGUGGUGAUCACACGAUUGCAUAUCCAAUCCUGCAGGCUGUUGCUGAGAAGUAAGUGAGCCACACUUCAACGGAUGCUUCAUUGAUAAUUAUUUACUUUAACUAGUGAGCACAGUGGUGGUUGGAGUAUUUUGAAAGCUGAUCUCCUUCUGUGUCCUGUGAUGGUCUAUCAGGCAUGGCCCUGUAGGUCUGGUCCACGUUGAUGCUCAUGCCGACACCAGCGAUGUGAUCCUGGGGGAGAGAAUCGGACACGGGACUCCUUUCAGACGCUGCGUAGAGGAGGGACUGUUGGACUGUAAGAGGGUGGUCCAGAUCGGCCUGCGAGGUCCGGGUUACUCCCCUGAUUCUUACUCAUGGAGCCGAGAGCAGGUACGCCAACAAGAGUCUCAACAUCUCAACAGUGUCUCUGAAAAACAGCCCUCUCUUUGCAUACCCUGCAGGGUUUCCGUGUGGUUCAAGCGGAGGAGUGCUGGUUCAAAUCUCUGACACCUCUCAUGGCGGAGGUCCGGGCUCAGAUGGGCAGCGGUCCAGUUUAUCUCAGUUUCGACAUUGAUGCACUUGACCCGGGAUUCGCCCCUGGGACUGGCACACCGGAGAUAGCAGGUCUCACUCCCAUACAGGUGAACUCAGUGACUCAGACCCUCGUCUUCUUGUAUCUUCAUUGUUAUGAUAGUGAUUUAUAUUGUCUGUUGUCAUGGUUGGAUUUAGGGGGUUGAGAUCAUUCGAGGCUGCCGUGGUCUGAACCUUGUUGGAUGUGAUUUAGUGGAGGUGUCACCACCUUAUGACACCACAGGUAUACAUCUAUUAAAGUACUUUUUUUCCUACAGUUUAAUUAUAAUUCACACAUUUAUUUUCUCUUCAACAGGGACGACCGCACUGACUGGUGCCAACCUCCUCUUUGAGAUGCUGUGCGUCCUCCCAAAGAUCAAAUAUUACUGAUCAUCACAGACCACACAGAAAUAAAGCGAAUUUAAUCAAUAAAGGCAAAUGUUUACAGCCAUCAGGAGGAGGAAUCGACUGUACAACUGUUGCUGAAAAUGCUUUUUCAUGGUAUGAGAUCUCUCACUGUGGUUGAUAAUAUCCAAACAAAUGAAUAAACCAAACUCAUAUGUUUAUUUAUGAAUGUGGGUACACAUUAGCUUUUGCUCUCCAUCCAACAAAAUUCAGCACUAUGACCCAUGAAUGAAAACUCAUCUGUGUUGGUGGAGGGAAAAAAAUGAGAGACAAAAAGUUAUUUUCAUUGUUUUUUUAAGCGAUCCCAGUAUAUGUGCGGAGGAUUUGUAAUGAUGAAAUUUAGCUGUUAAAAACUACUCAGACAAAGGUCACUCAGUCUUAAAAGAUUAAUAAAAAAAAUCUAAUGUGAUAAAAGUCAAAACCUUAGACUAAAAAAACUGUCAUAACUGCAUUUUUAAUCUUACAAUUUUGGCCUUUUAUUCUAUAAAUUUGACAUCUUUCAACCCCAACCCCUUUGUUCCCUUACAAAAGACAAAUAUAUUGCAGUAUAUUGGAAAAUAUCAUGCUAUAUAUUAGUCAAUAUAUUCCCAUAUAUAUUUAGUAUUUAGAUUUUCUAAUAUAUUGCAAUUUAUUAUACCAACAUAGAAUAUAUUGUAUUAUAUAUGUGUCAUUAAUAUAUUAUUGCAUGUAUUUUCAGUGUAUAAUAUAUUGGAACAUGUGUUGGAAAAUACAUCAGAAUAUACUGUAAUAUAUUUUAAAUAAUA